CCUCCAUCCCCCACCCCGACUGAAACACAUUAUCUGACUGAGCUUGAGUGAGCUGAUUUCCAUACGCAGCCUUCAGAGAUGCAGUGAGCCGUACCUGGGCCACAUGAGGAAGUCUUGGCGCUGGCAAAUCGCAUUCAAAUUCUGCCCCCAAAAUUUGCGUGUGCCCUAGCCAACAUGGGCUUAAUAUCAACUCUUUCAUGUUAGCACUAUGCAAAACAAGAGGCUCUGUCAUUUUCUGUCCUGUGUGAGCGGCCCAGAGUGUCUGCACUGUCUGCAUGUCUUUAGCUCUGCAUGAGUGGGACUGCCAAGAAAUAGAAACUCUACAAAUGGUCGGUCCUUUUUGGCUAGAAAAUGUAAAAAAAAAGAAAAUCGAAAAAAAGAAGGAGGAUCGACUACUCCUCCUGCGUUUGUCCAGAUGCCAGGAUCACACAUGCUGCCCAGCUACUACAGCAUGAGGCGUCCCUUCAUGUCCGAUGCAGACUUUUGCACAUCCACCAAGCAGUUUCCUUCCGAUGUCUAUUCUUCCACACAACCCUCCUCUAUGAGCAGUUACUCCUCUCUCAUCGACAGCUACUACCCAGAAACCUUUGGUGACUACCGUAGCGCAGCCACCUUCUCUGGCUCUGGCAGCUCCUUCUUGCCCUCGUCAACCAUUUCCUCCCUGCUGCCAACUUUUAACGGAGAUUCACCGCAUUUAUUUCUGCGUGACUCAUGGGACCAGUCGGGACCUGAGCCAGUGUCCCAGGUGGAGGGCCUCUGUCCGGACAGUCUGGGUUCUGUCAGUGUCCCACCCUCAAUAGCCAGCCCGGAGCCCUCUGGGAGUCCAUCCCAGUACCGCUCCCCCAGCCGCGGCUCCUCCAUGGGGCCUGUCUCCGGCAGCCAGCCGUACACCCUGCAUUCACUGGAGGACGUCCACUACCACCCUUUGACUUCUGGCGGCACCUACUCUGUGCCCUCCUCCUUUCCCUGCCCCCCGUACAUGAGCAGCCCCGUCAGUGACCUGGUGUCCAAGAUGGUGUCGGAGGACAUGGCGGAGGGUCACAGCGGCCUCCCAGCUGGCACUGAGGCCCACUCUUCGUGGGCUAAGGAGGACGGGGUGAGCCCCUGGUCCCCCUAUGAGCUCCGGAGGGCCUACUGACCUGAGUGUCCAACCAAGACUGUGAGGUCAGAAUGUCCAAAUGAAUUAAAUUUCACAGACUUUUCCAAUGAAAAGCACUGAGCUUGACAUAAAAUGUCAGAGAUGUGUGUGUUUUUUUUUUUUUUGGACAUUCAUCAUUAUUGUUUUAUUCAACAGCUAAUAUUUGUACUUUAAUAACAACUGAGUAGUAAUUGGUUGACUAAGUUGGCCAAAACGAUGUGGUAGGAGGAUCACAUUUACUUACUAAAAAGAAGAAAAUAAAGGGGUUUUAUUAUUAUUAUUAUUAUUAUUAUUAUUAUUAUUAUUAUUAUUAUUAUUAUUGUUGUUGUUGUUGUUGUUGUUGUUAUUGUUAUUGUUAUUACAUUUUUUGUCUAGUUUUCAGCCUUGUAUUAUAUGUAAAAAAGAUUGGAGA